AUGGCCUAUGUAACGCUUCUUCGACAGCUCGAUCGAGCCGCAGCUGAAGAGGGCCGACAGAUUGAGACAUCAGAAGAAGAGCCCAGUCGUUCUCCUAUCGAGAGCCGAUCGCCCGUCUUGGGGGACCUCGCCGGCAAACGCGCCCUCAUCCUUGGAGACAGCGUGGAUCGGUACAUGCUCAUGUACUUGCGAGACGAGGUCACGAACGAUGCCAGGUACUUUUCCGAGUGCGAUAUGGACGACUCGAGGGUACUGAAGGAGUUUGGAUGGACUCAGGGGGCGCCGAGGAUGAUGGUCAUCCCCAUCGUGCCUCCGCCGGGAACCACUGAGCAAGAGUUUGACUUUGCCAACGACGUCGAUGUCAAUCAAUCCCCAGAAUUUCUCAGCAGUGGGCGCAACGAAGCCCAAGUCGAGCUGGUGGCGAAAGCAAAGAUGCGCGCCCAAGCUCAACUCCGGGUCGACUUUAUGCACAUGUACGGCACGGACGACGACGAUCUAUGGGAAGAUCGAGCGUCGCACCAAGAGGUCACAGCCUGGCGAACGCAAGACAGGCUGGAAAAGGUCAAGACCAUGUGGGGCGCCGAACCUGAUACCUACCACGCCGUCUUUAUCAAUUUCGGCCUGUGGGAACUGGCUAGAUAUCAGCGUACAGCGUAUGACCUACACUCGUCGGACGACGAGAUAGGCUUGCCCCAAGAAUGGUUGGAGGAUUUCAAGAACCGGCUGAGGAUGUACGUCGAGCGGGUACAGACGGCAUGGUCGCAGGCCAAGGUGGUCAUCAGGACCAUCCACGACCCUCGUGAAAACGCCGGAGGAUGGUUCCGUUCCGCCAACAUGAACGCUGGAGGGGUCAGACGAGCGCCUUUUACCAGACUUCGGGUCGUGCAAUUGAGACGAGCUCAGGUGCAGGUGGCACAAGAGCUCGGGCUGGACGUUUUGCACUGGGCGGACCACAUGAUCGGCCAGGACGAUUCGUGGUUGAAGGACGAGCUGCAUCCGGGUAUACCGGGCAGUCUCGUACUAGCAGAGAUGUAUCUGAGGAUGUUGGCGGAGACGAGGAGCGAUCUAGGGCAGCGACAGAGUCUUCGAGCAUGGAGGGAAGAUGACGUCUAGCGGGAUUGCUACGACACAAUUCACAAGGAAGCCAAGGCGAG